UGUGGAGCCUCUGUUUUCUGGACAAAAUGACACGAAUUCCCGAUCGGUCUGCUGGCCCAGAACAAGUCCGGAGUUAUAUUAGACAGACCCUCACAGCCAAGCAUAAAACAGAUGAUGAUUUUGCCGCUGAAGCUGCCCGCGCUUGGCGAUUAGGGCGGGGCUCUGAGCUUUCUGAUGCAACAUUAGAAUAUCUUCAAGAGAUAUUUGGAGUGGAUAUAGGCUUCUGCCUUUUCCAGAGUAUUUGCGAAGAUAGAGAUAACGCCUGGGAGCAUUCAUAUAUUGGGAUGCUUUACUGCUCAGCUAUGUUUUUACUUUGGUCUCUGAUUACGCUGUUCUUAGGACGUCGUUCAAAUUUAUCUUUCCCAACGCUGCUUUUCGGCGCAACUCUAGCAAAUUAUGGCUAUCGAAGACCUACAUACAACUACCCGAUGUUAGCUAUGGGUAUUUGUAAUGUAUGUAUCUCCUUGCUAAGCAUCUUAUGGGUCCAUGUCUUAUGAACUACACUACGAUACCCGCCUUCCCUUUCUCCUACGUGUACAGAUGUGCA